GUAAAUUAACCGGCGAAUUCAUUUCAGUACAUGCAAGUCUAUACUUGUUGACACACGACCGGGGAUUCUUACGUCGCCGUGGUACAGAGGGGCAGUCACAUUUUGCUGUAGUGUGUGGUGAUGUGUGUUGCAACAUUUGAUUAUUUACUACAGCGUUUGGACAAACAUAUAGCCCUCCAAGAAACAAACAUGAGACAAGCGAUACCACCCACAGAGAUGCUUGAAGUUACAAUAAGGUAUUUGGUAAGCGGUAUGACUUUCACAGACCUUCACUACGCAUACAGAUUGGGACCAUCAACAAUACGUAUUGUUAGGGAUGUAUGCAGGAAAAUUUGGGAAAUCCUACUUGAUGAAUGCAUCCCACCGCCAUCAGACAAGAUGUGGAAUGAAUGUGAAGCAGGAUUUGCUAAUAAAGCCAAUUUUCCAAAUUGUUUCUGAGCGAUAGAUGGGAAACACAUUCGAAUUGUGAAGCCACAACGAAGUGGUUCAUUAUUUUACAACUACAAACAUUUUUUUUCAAUCGUGUUAUUGGCUGUUGUGUACACAUCAUACUGUUUUCGAUAUGUUGACAUUGGAGCAUACGGUAAAGAAUGUGAUUCCUCCGUAUUUGAAGAGUCAACAUUUGUUCAUGCAUUGAAUUCAGAUUCUUUGUAUACACCUUGCCCAAAAUGCUUACCAGGAACAGAAAAUCCGGCUGUACCAUAUAGUGAUUAAGUGAUAAAUUGCUACGUCCAUUUGGUGGAAACAACUUAACACAGCAACAACGUGUAUUUAAUUACCGUUUAUCACGUGCCAGGCGUUAUGUUGAAUGUGGAUUCGGUAUUUUUAGCAACAAAUCGAGAAUCUUUCAUCGACCUAUAAACUUACAUCCCGAAUUCGUCAUUGACAUUGUUAAAGCAUGUUGUAUCUUGCAUAAUUUAGUACGAAUGAGAGAUGGUUUUAAUAUCGGCGAUGUCUUAUAAAUCAUAAACCUCGAAGACAUACCAAGAGAGCGAAAUUUGCGAGGAUCAAGAAGCGGGAAGGAUAUACGGGACCAUUUCACAAAAUAUUUCAAUAGUAAUGGAUCUGUACCGUGGCAAUUAAGUAAAAUACAGUUAAUAUUGUUUCUUAUCUUACAUAGUUACAUGCCUAUUUCGGCUUUUUCUGCUUCGUUCAGGUUUUCAUAAAUAAAUGUAUCGAUGAUUUCUUGUCAGGCGGCUUUAGUUUUAUUCCUAUCCUUAAAAUCCUCUCUUGUCUUGUCCCAUAUCACGGGCCUUUCUUCCACCAUAGAAAUAAAUGCCUCAAUAUCUAAAUUUUCCAUUUCGCACCUCAUGACUACACUGUCUAAUCGGAAAUGAAACUACGACUCUGUACCACGGCGACAGUAGAAUCCCUGUUCGUGUGUCAACAGGCAUAGACUUGCAUGCAUUGAAAUGAACGCGCCGGUUAAUUUACCGACCGGCAGCCGUGUGUUCGCCGUCCAAAUUUUAAUAUGAACGGCGGCCGGUCGGCAGAAUAGCCGGUACCGGCAAGUGUGUUAAGUUGUAUUCGAAUGUGGGUAAAAUACCAUCUUCC